AUGUUAUCAUCAAAACGUGUUUCUCAAAAAUAUUUCAUAAAAAUACGCGUGAAAAGCGAACGAAUCGACAACAAGCCUAUGGAUAAGUGUACACGUGAAUGUCUAAGAAUACCCGAAACUAUCGAAUAUUCUCAAGAAAACCUUGCAAUAAUUAACAAAGCGCUUGAAAAUGAAUCCAAUCCUAACGAGCAAGUGAAAAUGCGUAUACAUAGAGCGAAAUUAUUAUUCGAUAAAAAAGAUUGGUCUCUUGUCCUGGAUGAUAUAAAAUUUAUUGAAGAAAAUAAACAGAUGAACGAUUUGUUGUACAUGAUCAAAUGGAAAAGUUUAUUACAUAAGAAUAUUGGUCAAGUAAGACGUGAAAUAAUUAGCAAGCUACAUGAUGAGGUUAUUAGUUCAAAUGAACACUUACAUUUAUUGACAUAUACCACUGAAGAUAAAAUCGAUGAUUUUAUUAACGGUAAAUAUGACGAUCAUGGAAACCAAUCAGCAACAAGUAACAAACGUUUUAAAAAAGAAAUGUUUAUAAUGUAA